AGCGACAGUAGGCUGUCAACUGAACUAUCAUAAACCCUAUUAAGAGAUAUAAUUUACACUCCUGUGUAUUACAAUGGACUGCGCCUUUGAGCACUUGGAUGCUGUUGGUUUUCUGGAGAUUUGGCAACACUUUGAUGCAGACGAUAAUGGUUACAUCGAGGGGAAGGAGUUGGAUCACUUCUUCCGUCACAUGAUGACGAAAUUAGGUCCGGAGGAUAAAGUAACAGAGGAGAGGGUCCAGAGGCUGAAGCAGAAGUUCAUGUCAGCCUAUGAUGUCACCGCAGACGGACGCCUGCAGAUCCAGGAGUUGGCCAUGAUGAUCCUGCCACAGGAUGAGAACUUCCUCCUGGUGUUCCGCAGGGAAGCCCCUCUGGACAACAGUGUAGACUUUAUGAAGAUCUGGAGAAAGUAUGACGCUGACAGCAGUGGAUACAUAUCAGCUGUGGAGCUGAAGGGUUUCCUGAAGGACUUGUUCCAGCAGCACGGGAAGGCUGUGUCCUCCAGCAAACUGGAGGAGUACACAGACGCAAUGAUGAAGAUUUUUGACAAAAAUAAGGAUGGUCGCUUGGAUCUGAACGAUUUGGCCAGGAUCCUGGCUCUAGAAGAGAAUUUCAUGCUACAGUUCAAAAUGGAUGCCUCCAGUCAAGAAGACAGAAAGAGAGACUUUGACAAAAUAUUCAACCACUAUGAUGUUAGUAACACCGGAGCUUUGGAAGGACCAGAGGUGGAUGGCUUUGUAAAAGACAUGAUGGAACUGGUCAGGCCCAGCAUCACUGGUCCAGAGCUGGACAAACUGAGGGCUGUGCUGCUGGGACACUGUGACGUCAACAAAGAUGGAAAGAUCCAGAGGAAUGAGCUAGCGCUGUGCCUGGGAAUGAAGCCCAAUAAGGCCUAGGUUUCCCCAAACAGAGAAGACCUCUACUACUGAUCCUUCCCUUCACUGUGAUGCAUCCAGAACACCCAGAACUUUAUGUCCAAUCUUCAAAAACAAAGAUGACAAAAACAACAGCUGCUAGUGUUUUAGCAUGUUGUGGAACAAGCACUGUUCUGAAUGAUAUCAAUUGUAUUUUCUUGUGAUAGAUUCAAAAUAAUACUGGUAAAUGAAUACAGAAUAAUACAGGUAGCCUACUGGUAAAUGAAUACAGAAUAAUACAGGUUGCCUACUGGUAAAUGAAUACAGAAUAAUACAGGUAGCCUACUGGUAAAUGAAUACAGAAUAAUACAGGUAGCCUACUGGUAAAUGAAUACAGAAUAAUACAUGUAGCCUACUGGUAAAUGAAUACAGAAUAAUACAGGUAGCCUACUGGUAAAUUAAUACAGAAUAAUACAGGUAGUCUACUGGUAAAUGAAUACAGAAUAAUACAUGUAGCCUACUGGUAAAUGAAUACAGAAUAAUACAGGUAGCCUACUGGUAAAUUAAUACAGAAUAAUACAGGUAGUCUACUGGUAAAUGAAUACAGAAUAAUACAGGUAGCCUACUGGUAAAUGAAUACAGAAUAAUACAUGUAGCCUACUGGUAAAUUAAUACAGAAUAAUACAUGUAGCCUACUGGUAAAUGAAUACAGAAUAAUACAGGUAGCCUACUGGUAAAUGAAUACAGAAUAAUACAUGUAGCCUACUGGUAAAUGAAUACAGAAUAAUACAGGUAGCCUACUGGUAAAUUAAUACAGAAUAAUACAGGUAGUCUACUGGUAAAUGAAUACAGAAUAAUACAGGUAGUCUACUGGUAAAUGAAUACAGAAUAAUACAUGUAGCCUACUGGUAAAUGAAUACAGAAUAAUACAUGUAGCCUACUGGUAAAUGAAUACAGAAUAAUACAGGUAGCCUACUGGUAAAUUAAUACAGAAUAAUACAGGUAGUCUACUGGUAAAUGAAUACAGAAUAAUACAGGUAGUCUACUGGUAAAUGAAAGUGUAUCUAUUUGAAAAAGCAGGAGAAUGCUCAAUGUUCAAGACUGUGUUGUGAAUGAUGCUUAUGUUUUUCCUGUUGUGUUUUGUUGGCCUGGCCAUAGCUAGCUAUUGGGCAAUUUGCAUGUAAGUGUAGUACUGUAUUGUACAUUAGGUGAGUUGCUGUUUUUAAUAUUAUAUGAUGAUGUUUAACAAUGAUAAUUAAAUCAAGAAUAGUGGUA